AUGACAGUCAAUGAAGAAGUCGGAACUGAUUGGAGCUCUACGAGUACAGACUACGUCACCGAGCCUAUUGAAAAUUACGAUACGACUACUGGUGAAACAAGUUUCUGGAUUUUGGAAACAACUUCUAAUGGAUCUGAUCCUUACGAAGAAUCGCCGAAUGAAAAGCAACGAGCAUUUUCUAAAGGACACCCACUCAAGAUUGGAAUUAUUAACAUUCCUCCAUACGUAUUGGUGCAAUACGAUGCUGGAGGCAAUAUCAGUUACGUCGAAGGUUUCGUUCCUGAAAUUAUUUCGUGGAUGGCAGAAAAAUACGAUUUUACCUUCGAAUAUGUGGAACCACCAGACGGAGCUUUUGGGGCGUUCAUUAACGGUUCCUGGAACGGUCUUAUUGGAAUGGUUGUCCGCGGUGAAAUUGCAAUUGUGGCCACAGCAUUAUCGGUGACGUACCCACGAUCUCUAGUCGUCGAUUACACCUACGCAUUUUCUGAUGACCCAAUUUCGUUACUGAUUCCUUUCCCUCAACUAGACAGUACCAUUUCUGGCAUCAUCAAACCUUUCCAAUACGAGGUGUGGAUUGGGAUUUUCCUCUGUCUGCUAAUUGCAUCUGUCGUCAUCUGGUUGAUUUCUCGGGCCCAAUGGCGCAUCAAUCGUCAAUCAUUUCACGGCCAGACGGGGUGUUUCCCUCAUUUUUGGUUUCUCUUUCGUGUCGUAACCAAUCCUAGCGAUGUCAUCUCUUUUACAUUCGCCACGAGAAUAGUAGUGGCAUCUUGGUUGCUGAUGGGCACUGUCUUCGUCAAUUGCUACACCAGCAGUUUGUUAUCUUAUUUGAUGGCUCCUACGUUCUUACCAUUAAUCAGCACAGUCCAAGAUUUGGCAGACAGCCAUGACAUACAGAUAACAACGCUAAAGCAUUCUUCAGUCGAUUCUGCAUUACUCGCGGCAACAACCGGUUCGUUUGCUAAACUUGGCGCAAGUCUUCGAGCCCACCCUGAAAAUCUUCUGAGUAUAUUGGAAAAUAUUGAAGACAUAGUAUUUCAUCAACGGAAAGCUUUUUCUUACCAAGAAACUUCGCUGAAGCAAACAAUCUACGAUGACUUUAGGACUCAUAAACAAUGUCGACUUUUCAUUGCUAAAGAACCACUUUUUCCUGAUCAAAUUGCAUUUGCCCUAGCGAAAUCAAGUCCGUUGACAAAAGCCUUUAACUACGAGGUUACUUGGCUCCGGCAACUUGGAUUGUUAAACCAUUGGAUAAAUUCUUAUUUACCGAGACCGUAUCGAUGCUCUGCUCCGCUUUCUUCUUUUCGGCCAAAACCAAACGAGCGUUUGACUCUUAAUUAUCUUUCGAGUGCUUUCCUUCUUUACGGUGUCGGCAUCAGUGUCUCCGUAUUGGCUUUCGUGUUGGAGCUCAUUUACAGUUGGUGGAAGAGACGAGUAAUUAAGGUUACGCCAUUCAAUAAUCAACGAAGACGUUUGCGUGCUGAAUGGAAUUAGGUCAAAUUUCUUAUUUCCUUAUUGAGAAGGGAAGAAACUGUAACACACUUCACUAAUAGUCUGUUUAUACUACAUCCUUUGCUUAGUCCUAGCUAAAAUAUUUAACUUAGGCUUACUGAGUUAUCUAUUCAUAUUCAUAUGAAUAUAAAGAUCCUUUGGCUAUGGAUUCAUCGAACUUAUAGUCGAAAAAUUUUUUAAUUUAUAAUACCAUGAGAAAAUAAAAGAUGUAUCUUUCACACCUUUGGGAUGGUCAGCAUGAAGAAAAUAGAGAAUCCUAAUAAACAUAACCCCAUAUGUA